CAAUGUUUUACUAAGGGAUUUUCACUGGGUGAGGCAAGGCGCCCACACCAUCCCAUCAAAUUUUGCCAUUGAAACAAAAACCGAUCGGACACACGAAGAGAUGGCUGUGGACGAGCAAGGGGCAAGAGCGAUAGACAAGUGCCAUCGUGCCACCACCAAGCUACUAGUAUGCCCUGCCAGUGUAGCCCCAGUAUCGACCCAACUCCUUCAAACCAGUCUGGGUACCUGUGGGUGAUGUGCGAUCCUCUUUCGACUUCCGAGUACCGGGACGCACCGGUACCGGUACCGGUAUCCAGCUUCGCCCUCCUCCUCUCCUCACAAACUGCACAACUAUUCAGCACCUCUCAUAAUUUCUUCUUCUCUGUCAAACAAAAGUAGUACCAUGAGUUGCGCUCUCUCCCAAUACUUUCAGCAAAUGCAAAUGGCUCCAUCCGAAGAGCUUCAGUUGGUGCAGGAUACAGCGGGUGCCCUGGCGAGCUACAGGUUUCACCAGCGUGGUGGACGCAAGGAACGACGACGACAGGGAAUGCGACGAUGGGACAGCAGUGGUAGCUUGGGAAGCAGCACCAGCAAGAACCUCGGUUUGGUCUCGGACUUGUCGCCACAACGACCUCGUCGAAACAUCAGUGAUGAAAGUGAGAGUGACUACCUUCCCCCAGCUCCCGCCUUGGAUCCCCGCAGUAGCCCUCGACACGUGAAACAUCAAAGGAAGAGCAGUAAUACCGGUAGGCCACGAUCUCCCACAAGAUCCAGCCGAGGGAUGCAAGAGUAAUCACAAGACAGUCAGCCUCCCUCAAAAAACAGCGCUAAUCCAUGGUGAUAUGUACAGUAAACUAAUAUAAAGCUAGAAUCAAUCGCAAACUACU